CUCAUCGUCCCUUUCUCUCGGAUCCUUCCCCCAACACACCUCCUCGCUAAGAAUAACCCUGUUACCACCCAGUUAGAGCUACUGCUCCUGGGAAAGUUGCCCAUCAUGGUUCGCGAGGAGCUUAUCUCCUCUGCUGUCACCUUCCUCCAAGACCCAUCUGUCGCCGCCUCGCCAAUUGAGAAGCGAGUCGCAUUCCUCCAGUCAAAGAACCUGACUAAAGAAGAGAUCGAUGUUGCGCUCGCCCGAGCAGGUGAAGAUCCGUCUACAGCAGCUGCCGCCGUAACCGCGUCAUCUGGCUAUCAAUCGCCUCCCCAACAAGCUGUCUACCGACCUCCUCCAUCUGCUGCAGGCUAUGGAUAUCCUCCUUAUGGCCAAUGGCAGGCUCCGCCAGAGCCCCCGAAACGGGACUGGCGUGACUGGUUCAUCAUGGCUACGGUGAUGGGAGGAGUAGGUUACGGACUCUACACGAUUACCAAGCGCUACAUCUCACCUUUAAUCGCACCCCCCACUCCACCCCAGCUCGAACAAGACAAGGAACACAUUGAUGAGCAAUUCAAUCGCGCAUUUGCCUUGAUCGAACAACUGUCCACAGAUACUGCCGCACUGAAGUCUGCGGAGGAGACGCGCACAGAAAGGCUAGACACCGCCCUGCGGGAGGUUGAGAACCUCGUUUCUGACAUGAAGAAUGCCUCCCGACGGAGGGACGAUGAGACCCGUCGUAUCAGCGACGAGGUCAAGUCACUGAAGGAUGCAAUCCCCAAGGCGCUGGAAGGCGCCCGGGAAGGCAAUGAGACACGGUUGAAGGAGCUUGGUGCUGAAUUGAAGAGCCUGAAGGUCUUGCUGGGCAAUAGACUUGGUGGCAGCGGCAACAGCGCCACCUCUCCUGCUCCUGGACGGUUCAGCGGUAUGAGCAUUCCUACUGCUUCUCGGCCUGCGGAGGAGUCAACUCCCGCCGCCACGGCCCCGGUCAACGGUACGCCCGCCGCGCCAGCAUCAACCGAGCAGCCCUCUCAAUCAGCACAGCCAAGCGCGAGCCCUAGCACUACCUCGGCGAGCAACAGCCCUCUGUCGCACCUGGGCCGUUCUGCUUCCAUUCCUGCCUGGCAGAUGGCUGCUGCCAACCGCUCCAAGACCGCAUCUCCCUCGACCCCUUCCACCAGCACUCCGGACAACACGGCUAGCGCGGCUCCUGAGUCGAGCACCCCGGCCAGCUGAACACAUACCAGAUACUAUGAAGAUUUCACUUUCCAGCGAACUGCAUUGUUCCAAUUCUGUAAUUAGAUGGAGGUUAUCGAACGAACUUUACGCAUGAGAUGUCUAGGCGUUGCUGGAUGGUGCGGAUGUACAGUAUGUAGCACGUGAAAGUACCAUGUCGC